GACGUAAAGAGGUGGGGCUUUCGGGGAAGAGCGCCAUUGCUGACGGAGCCAAGGUCGGUAAGGAUAAGGUGUGGAGUUAGAGCAAGCAGGAACUUUUGAAUAAGUAGCCACAAAAAUGGGUCGCCACUUUGGAAACUUAAUCAAAUUGCGGCAUAUUAUCACCUAUACCAUCUCUCCCUUUGAACAGAAGGCAUUUCCAAAUUAUUUCUCCAAAGGCAUUCCUAAUACGUGGAGGCGAUUCAAGGGUCAAGUGUUGAGGAUUGUUCCUCCAUUUGUGGGGUCAUAUCUCAUUUAUACCUGGGCCACGAACGAACAUGAAAUGUCAAUGAGGAAGAAUCCGGCUGACUAUGUGAAUGAUAAAUAAAUGGAAUUUGGAAGAGAGAAUUUCUACUGAUGUACCAUGUGUAUUCUUAACUAACUGCUAACUUUCACUGAAAUAAUCAUCUCUAUGUGCAGAAAUAAAAUAUUUAUAGUAUA